AGUUCAUUGGUCUCGACCAUGGGCAGCCCCUCACGAUGUCGUGCAGUCGCCGCGGUAACCAGGGCUCAUGUUAAGGUGAAUCGGGUGGCAGGCAAGAACGUGAGGGUAUGUGCAUCUACUGCUAGGAAAAAUCAAGACCUUGUCUCAUCAUUUCGUCAUGCUGCGCUGGCCAUUCCUCCCCGACAGAGUUUAACUGUCCAUAAAGCACCUCCAAACGCGCUACAUAGAUUCGCCAUCUGGCCGGCCUUGAUCAGCAAAGCCAUGAGGAGGCUGCAGAGGCUUCCCGCCAGUGGAGCUCAUAAUCUCCUCCUCCACAUUGCGCGGUCUCGUGGUCCCCGAGGGCCCAGUCCGGUUACGGCGGCUCCCCUGUGUCGAGCUAUCCUUAUGAAGCUGGUGUGGCACGAGCGAGAUGACCCUCACUGGCUGAGGACAGCGGCAGGAGUAUGCGGGCUGGCAGUGAGUCGCUCAGGGGUGGACUGGAAUGCCCAUGUCCCCGUACGGUACCGUGCGGCUGUGCUCGCGGAUAUCACUCGAGGGGUGGAGUCAGUCGCUGAGGCCAUCGGCCCGACCACGGACGGCGCGAGUAUUGGCUAUGUAUGUGAGGCGGCUAGGACCUUGGGGUUGGAGUCGAAGCAGUUCACGAAUGUUGUGAUGGAUGCUGUAGCGGACAUCAGUGAUGAAGGGCGUAGAUUUGGUCCUCUGCCGUUGGUUCAAGUGGUAGCUUUCCUGGCUGACUACGCCGCUUGUGACCCCUCUCGGAAGCUGCCAGAUGGUCUGGAUAAGAUACUAGAGUGGCGAUUGUCCUGUCAUUGGCCGGAGGUCUCGGGGCAGAAUUUGGCGCAGCUGUUGGUCUCUCUAGAGGGCCUGGGGUGGCUCAGCGAGAAGCUCGUUAGUAACGCAGCGCAGAGGAUAUCUUUUACGUUGCAUGCAAGUUUGCGACCUCAAGAUACUCUAAAGAUUCUCGCCGUAUUUCUUCGCUGUGCGGACCUCCGAGACGCCACUGUGAUAAAUGCGGUACAAGCCCUCGUGGGACGAACCAUACUUUUCUCGAAGCUAGAUGUGAGUUGUGAUGACAUCAUGUCCCUGGUAGAGGUAUGGAGGGACGCUAACAGAGCUGGGCAUGGUGCCCUCUUCCCUAGCGGCUUUCGACCAUGGCUGCGAAACCAGUUGGCGGUCAGAGGCGAGGAGGUGGUCAACGGGCAUAGUGUGAUGACUCUGCUGGAGACGAUGCACACGGGUCAGCCCCAUCGUAGGGAUGCGCUCAGCCUGGAGAUGUCAGGGGUGUUGCCGGCCUCAUCGGAUCGUCCAACGCUAUUGAGGUAUCUCCAUUACCUUUCCUUCUACUUCACUGAAGAUGCCUCCGAGGGCACCAUGGGUCAGUCUAAUGAGAUUGCAUCGCUCCGCCCUACAAUUGGGGCCUUUGACUGGACGAGUGCGUUGUCGAGAGGGGUCCAAUCGGGUGAUCUGGCUUCCCUCGCUGUAGCCCUUGGUGUCUGUGCCCGAAUAGGCCGAAUUGACUCUGCAAUGGCUGUGCUGGCGCGUUGGGGCAUCGAUGAGAAGACGUCAAUCAUCGUUCCAAAGGGGAGUCCCAGAGAGUGGUCCCUGUGGGCAGGUGUACUCGAGUCGAUGGCACGGUUAAGGCUCAAGAGCUUCUGCCCGCACUGGAUGGAUUUGGUUGUUCCAGAAGGGGUGUCGUCGGUAACGAAAGCGUUGCUCUUGCAUGCAUGCUUCGCUCUUGAUAUUCGGGUUGACCCUCUGGGGGUCCUGCUUGAGGGCUUCCGAUGGGAUGUGCUGUCAGCGGAGGGCAUGGCUCAGCUCCUUGUAGCGUUAUGGCAGUAUUUAGACCUAUCUGUCGUCGCCCUUGAUGAAGGGGAGGCGAGGGGAUUGUAUGGUCUCAUCUCUACUGGGUUGGAGGUCCUUGUGUCGCGGCUAGAGGACCUCCCUGAGGACGUUGAGCUACCUCUGUCUCUACCUCUGCUGGCCGCGAUGAUCAGGAUGACUGUUUGUUGCAAUUUUGUGGCGCGUGAUGCGAUUCGGUUGCCCAUACGGGUCAUGGAGGUGCUGAGUAAUGUGGCCGAAUGUUACAGCGCGAGAGGUGACUCAUCGUCCUUCUGGCCGAGGUCUAGCAGUGGGUGUCGAACGGAAGUCUACACGGUCCUUAACAGGGUAGUCAGUGUAGAUGCAUGCCUCCCUUUUAAAGAGUCCAUCUCGGCGACGGUGAGGAAUCGGCAUCGGCUUCGAACGCGGAGUAAGUCACGAUUAAUCCUACAGAAACGAGUAGGUUGUGCGAGGCCUGAUGGUCCAGGUUGCUCAGAUGAGCUCGAAGAGGCUUCCUCUAGUGUGGAGAGUUUCGACCGUGGCAAGUCUGACUGCCAGCAUGCGGUGACUAUAGCACGCAGAGUAGACUCUGGACUAUGCGGUAUACCGAUUGACCUGUUGGUCUAUCCCGAUGCAGUACUAGAAUGGUGGAGGGAGGCACCUUUCUUCGUGGGUGGAGGAGUGCGCUUCUCGCGGUUCCCAAGGGAGCUUCCACAGAACGAGGACGUGAGUGAGAAACUGAGGGAUAGGUUUCGGUCGGAGGCUGAGCGUGUGAAGGUCCGGCAUGUCGAUAACGAACCAUGUUGUGGGGAGGAGACGCUCCAGGCAGUGUUUGUGAAAUAA